UUACCUACGAAAGGUAGAAGACGUGGACAUAGUCUUUAUAUUCUUCUCUGUCAUUUAAAUUUCCUCCGACUGUUAAUGUUCCUUUUCUAAAACGUAUCAGAUACUCACAACUCACAGUCACAAAGCACUGUCGUCGGAUUAGAUGGUGAAUUAAUGGCGGGCACUGAAGAUAUUGGUAAAAAUCUCUCACGUCAAAUAUUGUAGGAGAAUUUUUGUUGUUAUAACGAAUUAUUUUGUGGUCACGCAUGACAAUCAACUUAUCAAGUUGGCAUCAAAAUUGGGAAGAAUAUUGGACAGGUUUACUGUGAUGGUGCUUUCCAAUGGAACAAUUGGUCAACGCAUCAACAGCACUUCAGGAGAUUUCAAAUGUGAUAUUCCAUUUAAUCUUUCCCAAGACUUCACUUCAUUCGAUACUGCCUCCUUUAUAAGUCGCGUCACUAUUGCUGGUGUACUCGGCAUUCUCAUCUUACCCACGAUAUUUAUGAAUAUCAUCAUACUCGUUGCUAUAUUUAAAAAUAGGAACUUCUGGCGUUCAUCGCACAUUCUCAUUGGAUUCUUGGCUGUUACUGAUGCAAUCGUUGGAACAUUUUCAAUGCCACUGUUUCUCUCUACGAUAUUGAUCGAAUUAUUUUACGGAAAAAGUGCUUUCUACAAAAAAGCAUACUGUAUGCUUAGUGAAGCUGCUCUAAACUGCGGAGAUUUGGGUAUGGGCUGGUCUUUUAUAACUAUAACAACGAUAACAUUUGAACGUUAUGUUGCAAUUUUCGCACCAUUUUGGUACCGAAAGUAUGUUCGAACGUCAGGCGUGGUAAAAGCAACUCUCUUUAGUUGGUUAAUUUGGGCGGUUGCGGUUGUAUUUUUGAUUGUAAAAACCUCAUUAGAGUUCGCACUUGGUGUUUCCAUUUUAAUCCUGGUUGUAGUGGUGUACUUUCUUGCAGUACCUGCGUUUAUCCGCAUUUUUCGUCUUUUGAAGAAAAUUGAGUCAAGUCGCAUUCCAGAGGCUGAAAGUCGACCUAGAGUGGAUCACAAAGGAAGCAUGACAUGUGCUAUAAUGCUAUUUUGUUUAAUUUUCUGCUACACGCCUUUGUUAGUAGUAACUGCAGUUAUUUUGGUCAGAGGAGUAUCCGAGAUGUUAUUAACAUAUUUGCUACCAUGGGCUAGGCUAAUGCUGCUUGCUAAUUCUUUUUGCAAUCCAAUAAUAUACAUGUAUCGCAAUCAAUUGAUUCGAAAUUCGGUAAAGGCCACUUUUAGACGGUUUUUCAAGAAAGCAAGUUCGCCACCUACAGUUGGAACCGCUGGUCCAAGUGUGCCUGCAAUGGACUGUGGAAUAAGUAACAGGGCGGUCGUGAUAAAUCAAAAUAGCAAGUUGUGAUACUUAUUUAUAUAUAGUUAAAUUUUUUUAUGCUUCGCCAUGUAAAGCCUUUGAUUUUGAAAAAUGCCUUAAUGCUUAAAUAG